AUGCCAAAAUCAUUUUUGGUGAAGAAAAAGAAACCUCGACGCGCCGAAGACGGCGAGGCUGUAGAACCCGUGGAAGCCGUUAGGAGUGAGGAUACCAACACAGGUAAGACGGACAAGAUUACAGCUUCUCUUAAGCCUGAAAUAUUGUUCAUUCCUUAUUCUACUUGACCCUUUGACAAACGAUUUUGUUCGUUGUUUCUUCCUAACAUUUCCUGUGCCACGUUCACCGUUAUAAAGUGUCACAAAAUUACGGGCGCAGAUGUUGCUGGUCGAACGGUGCUAUAACGGAACAGCCCUUUUUAUUUUACUCUAACAGAAAUGUCGCCUUCUCGAAUCUACGUCUACAGCCACAAAUUGUUGCGUUUCCGUCGAGAAGGGACUUUUUAAAGGCCCGAAGUAUUUUGCUUGCGGGGUGCCCUGAAAGCAACUUUAGGAACAAUGGUGAUAUGUUACUACAAAUAGUAAACCGAUGCUUAUCAUCAGAAAUCACGGCUUUGGCAAUUGGUUUCCGUUUAAGAGCUUUUUAUGAUCGCGGGGAAAAAGUGGGUAUUUUGGCGACUUAGAUUUGAUUUUUUGUGAGGUUGAGUUCGUCGCGGAACUUAAGUUUUGAACGCGCGUAAUGCAUUCCGUUUUUCUCUCGAGGCUUACAAUUGAGGUUAAAUGCAACGGACAUUCGAUAGGGGCCGUGUUUUGCCCACAACCUAUUACACGGUAAUGUUUGGACGUCUGUGAGCACGUAAAAACACACGCUGCCUAGUCACGAAAAGUAAUUCGAAAGCUUUCACUGAUUACAUUGUGUACACUGGGCGCUGAGAUACAAAGCAAAUGACAGCCGCGCGAGGCGCCGAAUUGAUUUCUGCCGCUUAGCUUGCUAAACAGCAGCCCGAAUUGAAGAUAAGUGUUAUGGUCUCGUUGCAGAGAUAAUCAGGAAAAAAGAAUUCAACAAUGCAGAUCAUUGAUUCAUUCAUAUUCAAAUUUUACACUGUGUAGUGAUAAACGCCAUUUCACAAAGGAACUAAUGGAUACAUCAAUUGACAUACAAUAAAGAUUUUGUGUAGCGUUUAGAAAGCAGCGCGUGGCUAUCCGUUAAGCAAAAUUAUUUUGUCGGGCGCUUUUCAAAUGCAAGAUUUCCCCCGGCUUGAUUCGAUGCCCGUUUGCGUGAAUUUCUCUCGCCCUCGCCAGAAUCGUUCACGAAAAUUAAGCGCUGGAAAUAAAUCGAUCCGGUCGUAACAAUUAUGUUUAAUUUAAAUUUAUGUAAAUUCCCAUCACUUAAAAUGCGAGAUCUUUCAGAUGCUGUCCAUUUCUCGUGGUUUUUGCAAAUGACGUGUAAACCGAUUCUCCACUUGUCAAUUUUACCCUGUUUAGACGUAUUAUUUCGAAAACAAAAACUCGGCCGGUCGGCACUUUUUUUGUUUGUGCUCCUACAUUUCCACGCCUUUCUAAGCAGCUUUGCAGUGGUUCGAGUCGGUGUAAGACAAGGCCUUAAACACUUAACUCGAGCAUUUUUAGGCGCAAAAGAACCGACAUCUUAAAACGUGAUCAUAUAGCCCGUCAGACAAGCAUUUUAAAAGCACAUUUGCCUUGCGAGAACGGGGCAGAUGUUCCCAUUUCUAAUUCGUACUCUUUUGGCCGCGAACUUGACAGAAACACUACUUAACCCCUCUGCGUAAAUACAUUUCGAUCAAAGCUUUUCUUGAGAGGAAACACACUUGAACGUGGCCGGCCAGCUUAGCUUUGAGAACAUCGGUGAUUAACGCACGCGCCCGGGCGGCCUCACAGCUGCGAUACGAAGGUACAUUGGGCGACUUUCAGUUUCGUAGGAACACAUCGGUAGCCCUCAGAAUUUUCACGCGGAUGGCAAGAGCAGGUUUUUUGGCGCGUCAGUUUACCUUGUCUAUUUUGAGGCUCUCUGUUAAUAGAAUUUUAAUUUUCACCACGGUGUUUGUUAAGGUUCCUAGUAGGUGAUGGGUUUCAGUUAAUAAACCACUUUGUGAUUGAGAACAUAGCAUGGCUUUUAAUUCAAUAAAUUUCCCCUUUCUGCGAGGUGUCCAAAUUAAUGAAAUUAGAGUGACUCGAGCUAGCUUUAAUUGACUGGAAUAAGAAGACAGCGAACCGAAAACGCCCAAGCCACCACUUCCAAGUUUGUUCAACAAAAUGCAAGUUUAGAAAAUUACUGUUCGAGAGCGGAAAGAUUUGCUUUUUUCCUUCCUGUGUUGUCACUUCGAAACGUAAUCAUUGCCUUUGUCAAUCGAGAUAAAACAGCAAGACUACAAUAUGAUUUUAUGGAUUUAUUGUGUCGACAAAACUUGCGCACUCUAUAAAAUAAAACGCUUUGUCUUUGAUGUGAGAAAACUCGACAUUUCAUAAAAUUUCACCGGUUGUUUGUUUACCUGACCAACUUGUCUUUAAGUACCCCACACGCGCUUUGCCUUGCUCGUUAAGAUUAUAAAACCAUUUUGUUCACUCUCGUUUCAAACGUAAUUAUAUAUAUUUCCUUUUCACUUUGUCUCUGAGUAUCGAUAAAGGUGUAAAGAUCUUCUUCCGAGUAUCGGAUUUUAUCUCUUGAACGAACAGUCAAAUGAAGAUUUAAGAUGUGUAUCACCGAGAACUCUCGCAAGAUGUACCCGGCAUAAAUGCAAAAUCUUUGGAAGAUUAAACACGUGAGCAUUUUUAAGAAUAAAGCUCUCUCUUAGGUAUUUUUUUCUACAAUAAAUUGUCGAAACGUAGCUGAUACAGUUUUUCUUCACUCUUAAAAUUCACAAGUUUGAUUCAGACUGAUUUUUCAGUGGGGCUUUAUCGCUACUUUCAAAGUGUCCCAUUUCGUUUCCCUUCCAUAAACACUUGGAUCGAAACCUUUGGCGGCCUAGUCUCGAAUUUCUAAUUUACAAUCUCUACUACAGCGGAUAAGUUUCAUCGGCAACCGAAGCUAGAAGUUGUAAAUUUCGUUUUCAAAUCCGUUACGGAAAAUCGAGAAAAACUUGCUAUAAACUUUCAUUGUGAAAGCUCCCUCAAAAAACUUUCUGUCGAUGACGCGAUUUUAUUUUCGCGUGUACUUAAGAUCGGUUACUUGAUUUAAGGACAAAUUUUUUCUUGGAAUUUUCUGUUUCACGCAUAUGGGAAUAAAUGUUCUUGAACUUGACUUUAAACACAGUACUUAUUCAACUAACUAAAGCCCUUCUUUGAGAACCUGUUGUCACAAACGUGCAAUUUUCCCCUCGACAUUGCACUUAAUCUUAGUGUGUACCGAACACCAUCUAGAAAGUGACUUUUAUGGUUUUAUGUCAAGAAUGAAAAUUGGCUUGCGUUCUUUUAAAGAAGAGCCAUAUUGUUUGUAAAAAACUGGGUAUCGAAUGUUUUCUGUGGUUUCGACGCAGAAGUGAAGUCCGCCCUUUUGUGUUCAAACGGCUUGUUUCGAAAAGCACCUUUUUAUCAGAUAACAUUUGAUUGCAAUUUACGAAACAACACCGAGACGGAUCGAGAAAAUUAGCUACUUUAUAUUUUGACAGAACAUGGGGAUAGAACUCUCGUGAUACCGCGUUUCUUUCCAACCGCAAAAUGUGAUAUUCCCAAAACGUGGUGUUGAAACGUGAUACGAUUUUGGCAGAGUUUUUUUUAUCUACGUUCAGUGAAAAUUUGUGUUUCGUUCUCGAGACCCGUUUUGAAAUUAAUUUUUUGCUUUGGUGUCAAGAAAUUCGAAAGUGUUAAGUGUCGAGCGGGUUGACUAGAUAAAAUAAUAAACGAAAAGUCGUUAGACAGUUUCUCUAUUUUCCGGGUGACUGGAUUGUCUUCUUUAUUAACAGAACACGUGGGAAAGCUUGUUAUUCGAUUGUAAAUCGAAAUGAAAUAAAAAUAUUUGUUCCUUCCCAUUUUAGCAGGUUUUUCUGUGUGUUAAGAAAGUGCGAGAAGAAAGAAACAAUUUCUAAACUCGUACAAUUUUUUUAAAAAUUUCUCUCACAUGUAAUCUUUGCAGAUGCGAAGACUGAUUAUUAAUUUUAAAACACGAUUAAAUUGCCCCGAGAUCUGAAAAACCAAAGGUGUUGAAAAAGCUACCCGUAGAUAUGUAUAGUUAAUUUAAACUGCGAGGUUAUUAAACCUGUAUAGACAGCUUGUUCAAUUUACAAAUACUGGUAUGCUUUCUUGAUUUUGACAUAUUUUUUUUUAUGCUUUCCUUAGACAACACCCUACAAAAAAGCUCUUAUUUGCUUAAAGUCUUGCCUGUGUCGUGAAUAUUUUAAGAGCACAUUUUCAUUGCCCUCUUUCGUCCUCACUUUGUUUAUAUCUUGUGAGCUUCUGGAGCUAUUUUCCCAACCCAAUGAUUCUUUAAUAAACCAGGUUACUUCAGGGUAGGAGUAAAAUUUGUCAAAUUGAAACAGUGCUCUCGAACGGAGGAUUUCUUUUCACGCUUGACGUAAUUUAGAAAGCUUAACUAUUAACUAACUGCCGUGUGGUGUUAUUCAUGAUUCAUAACUUCUAAAAACCAUUUUCUUUAUUGUUUGAAAACUCCCGCAGUUUUCCCUGGCGCUGAACUAUAGGGAAUUUCACAAACGACGAAUAUAGCAUGUGAGGUGUUUGUUUUUUUUGUUUGUUUGUUUUUCAACUUUAGAUGAAGAACUUUCCUUGGCGGAUGAAAUGGAGGUGGAGACAGUCGAAAUACUUGACGAGGAAGGAAACGACAAAGAUCACCACAAGGAAAGUUUAUUGAGCAAGGACAUAGAGCAAGAAAUGGCGACUUCUGUUUGUAAGUUUGACGGUGAAAGAGAUUCAUUUGCGGUCCAACCGGUUGAAAAGAGAGACGCGAAACUGGAGCGUUCAAGCGGCUGUAACGAUAUUUGUUGGUGGAGUAGUAUAACCUCGAGGUAUGAAUUACAAAAUCUUCCUCCACCCCCGAAACUCAUCAGCUCUGUGCCGCGAAACGGCUUUUCAAAGAUGCAUCAUUCUCACCCAACAGAACACGAGCGUUCUGUCAUUUCUUUGAAUCAAAGACAUCAUUUUCCACUGACAGCAAACGGUUUUGGCGUCAUGAACUUCCACGAGCAUCGGGUCCCGUCCAUAGCCGAGUCAAUACCUGUUCGUGGAUCCUUGGAUGGGCUUCGAGAACUAUCGCUGAACCUUCGGCAUGUUUCGGAAGGCCGUCGUGAUUCCCCGUUGUGUCCGAGUAUUCCACAGCCAUCACCCGCUCCGCAGUUUAACGGCAGCCAUUUCUUCAUCCACAGUCAUCCGUUUUUAACUUCUCACCAGCAGCAAGAGUGUCUAACAAAUCUGCAAAACAAGGAACAGGCGAGGAAGGGCAGCGAAAGCGAGGAGACGAAAUACAAAUGCGAAAUUUGCAAUAGUUCGUUCACUCUUCAACGCCUUCUCAAUCGCCACAUGAAAACUCAUUCGUUCUACAAGCGUUACCAUUGCCAGUUCUGUACGAAAGGUUUCAAUGAUACCUUUGAUUUGAAGCGCCAUAUAAGGACACAUACAGGGAUAAAACCAUUUAAAUGCAGCCGAUGUGACAAGUCUUUCACACAACGAUGUUCUCUCGAGGCGCAUCUAACACGCGUUCACGGCGUGGUACAUAAGUUCGGCUUCCGCGAAAGACGCUCAAAACUGUUCGUUUGCGAGGACUGUGGUAGCACGUUUACGGAAAAUUCCGACUUUAUGAAGCAUCUGCAUGAGUUUCACCCCGAGACUGAGAAAAUCAUGAGAGCACGAAGAAACGGGGGAUUCGUUCCAAAAUUGAAGGGUGACUGUUAGUUAAGGUACUGUACUCAGAGAUAAAAGGCACUCUUUUAGUCAUAGAUUACCAUGAAGAAGUCGGUCUUAUAUCAAAAGAUACAUUUUGACAACAGCAGUCCUAAUGAAAAGAACUAUUUGGUGAAAUUCCUUACAUAUUCUGUUUAUUCUUCGAAAGCCAGUCGUCAAGGGUCUGUUUUUCUCAUAACCCGAGGCUUUUUAGGAAAAAGGGAUGUCGUGGAUUAAAAAUUCACUAGAUCACAGCAAUCAAAAAAAAAUUUAAUAAGCGGAAUGAAUGGUAUUGCGAAGUUCUUUGAUCAAAAUGUUAAGCAACAGUCGUACAAAACUUUGUUCAUUUGCAUCAAUACGAAGCGCUUUUAAGAAAACAAAAUUUAAUGUUUACCAGAUCACAGCGAUUACAAAAUAAUAAUGGUUUGGAUGACCAGAGGAAGACCAAAUGGAAAAUUAUUACAAAUAUGGAAUUGUAUACUAGCAAAGCUCGGAGCAAGGCUGAAAAAAGUCAAUUUAACUGGCCCUUUAAAGUAUUGAUGAAAUUGUUUUCUCUCGAGAAACGUUUCCCUUCAAAAUUACAUGUUCUUCCUCAGAGAGCUUUUUUCAAGAAGGCUUCACUGAAAUAGUGCGUGUUUGGUUUAUGUCGUUUACUUUUAAGGAAAAUAUGUUAAAUUCCGGCCUCUCAAUGUUCUUAUUAAGCUUUCGCCCUCGUUUGUUGUUGAAUUGUGUUUUUUCUGGUAAGCUGAGUUGAAAAGGAUUACCACAAGCUAGGGUUUUCUAGCACAGCUGUCUCUAAUAUUUUGACUAACUUUGUGACCAUGUCUACCUUGGAGAUGAUGGAGGGAGUUGGUUAUUUAGAAGCAUUCAGAUUAUCAAUAAAAAUAGAGUGCCUAGUUUUCGUUUAUCGAAAACAUUAAAACUUCUGCUUUGUAUCUAAGAAUAUCCUAUCACAGAUAGAUCAGUCGUAUUUAAUUAGCUUUGUGCAAUGUUAUAAACGAUAUUCGUAUCUGAGAAACAGAUGUAUAAAUGUUAUUCUCAACUGAAAUACUACAUUAGUUACACUUUUAUGAAUUCAUAAGCAUUCGUUGCGUUCAUUUACCGCCCAUGCAGCUCUUGUAAUCAUUCAAAACGUUUUUCCAUUCGUUUCUUCGCUCGUGAAAUUCGCCUCUUAGUUGCAUAACAUGUUAUAUAAUCGAGCCACUUACAUCGAAAUAAAUUUAUAUUCGUGAAUUAUUAAACAGAACAUGCAUUGAAAGGGCUGUUUUAUUUUUAACAAUUUUCUCUGGUGUUUUGCUCCACAUUUGUAAGUACAUCGUAAGAUUUCUCCUUGGGCAGCCAACUCCCCGGCAUAAUAACUAUCACUGAAGCCCUCGAGAGUGGGUGACCUAGGAGGGCUUGUGGGAGAAAUGACAGUUCGGUGAUUUGUGUAGGUGGUAACCGCCAGUCUCGAUAUCAUGUCGAGGCUAGUAUAGCGUCACUUUGUGCAAGAGAGAUUGAACUCAAGAAAUCGCUGCUAGGUGAUUGCAAUUAAAAGCAGUCUUUUCAAAAGUGAAGUGGGCUUCUCUAACUUAGUUGGAAUCAAUUGUAGGGCAAAUACCAUCUGCCUUUCAAUGUAACGUACGUGCCCUUAAUUCAAUACUUCUCAGAAAUUUAAAGGGGUUGUGUCAUCUCGUUGUCGUGGUAACCGACUGGAAUCCUUCGAACGACAGGUUUAUUGCUGCAUUCUGUUUCAAAGUUCGAAGGACAACCAGUCAAUAAUAUCCCCUCGUGCACUCCGAAUUCUCUGUAGAACAGCCAUUUCUAACCCUCGUGCCUGGCAGUUUUGUGUGCUUUUUUUUUCGCUGCUUCGCCGCCUGUAAAUUAAUCAAGCGCCAAAAAACCGCCAGCGGCACAGCUGAAGCAAUUUAUAACGAUCAAAUCCAAAGAAAUAUGUAGCGAACUAUGACACAAUUCCUUGAAGUUAUAGGACUCACCCAGAAUAAAAUCUUCUUUCAGAUCAAAAUAGAUAACAUAUUAGAGAGGCAAGCUAUAUCCAUGUUCUUUCCAAAAGAUAC